GUCACCGCGCUGCAGUUUUCUAGGGUUUAACUAUCAAGAUUCAAGCCACUAGCCAGCGAAAGCCCUAGGGUUUUCUGUUUGGAGGGCAAAAACGACGUCAUCUUAGCGCGGAAAUGGACGUUCGCAUGGACACUUCUCCCAGCUAUUUCGACCCUGAAGACCUCACCAUCAGGGAGCCAUUCCGCCGAUAUGGGAAAAGGCACUCAGCAUCAAGCUCAUCAUCCUAUCAUGAACACUCAACUUCUAAGUACAGUGGAUCCAGGCUAUUGUACGAUGGACAUAGCAUCCAUAGCCCAACUAAUGCUGCCUUACUUCUUGAAAAUAUCAAACAAGAGGUGGAGAGCAUUGACGCUGAUCGCUCGGAAGGAACACCUGCAAGGACACUAUCUGCUUCUAAAAGGAGACCGCCCAUUGAUAGUCAUGGAAUGGCUGACAUGGAUGCUGGUGCUGAUUCAGUUCGCUAUUUGCUGAAAGCUUGCAAGCAUGAGGAUGAUUCAUUGGCAGAUGGUGGAGACACCACUUUUACCAUAUUUGCAUCGCUACUUGAUUCCGCAUUUCAAGGUUUGAUGUCUAUUCCUGAUAUCAUACUAAGAUUUGAGGGAUCUUGCCGAAAUGUUUCAGAGUCAAUUAGGUAUGGGUCCAAUGUAAGGCAUGGGGCCGUAGAGGAGAAAUUGAUGAGGCAGAAGGCUCAGCUCCUGCUUGAUGAGGCUGCUUCCUGGUCUCUUUUGUGGUACCUUUAUGGGAAAGGAAAUAAAUCUUUAAUCUCUUCAACUCUGAUUUUAAAGAUGAAAUAUUUGGUUUUAGUGCAUGAUGAUUUGGUUCUUCUUGCAGUGUCUGAAGAACUCCCGAAAGAGCUAAUCCUGUACCCCCAAACAUCACACUUGGAGGCCUGCCAGUUUGUUGCAGAUGAUCAUACAGCACAAUUGUGCCUCCGGAUUGUUCAAUGGCUUGAGGGUUUAGCCUCCAAAGCACUUGAUUUGGAAAGCAAGGUGCGAGGAUCUCAUGUUGGUACCUAUCUACCCAGCUCUGGUGUUUGGCAUCAUACUCAACGGUAUCUUAAGAAAGGAGCCUCCAAUAAAAAUACCAUUAAUCACUUGGAUUUUGAUGCUCCAACACGUGAACAUGCUCAUCAGCUACCUGAUGACAAAAAACAAGAUGAAUCUCUUUUGGAAGAUGUCUGGACUCUUCUAAGGGCUGGAAGACUGGAAGAAGCAUGUGAUCUUUGCCGGUCAGCCGGACAGCCAUGGAGAGCUGCAACAUUGUGCCCAUUUGGGGGGUUGGACCUUUUCCCUUCUGUUGAAGCCGUGGUGAAUAAUGGAAAGAGUAGGAUUUUGCAAGCCAUUGAACUGGAAAGUGGCCCAGGACACCAAUGGCGUCUUUGGAAAUGGGCUUCCUACUGUGCAUCUGAGAAAAUUGUGGAGCAAGAUGGUGGUAAAUUUGAAGCAGCUGUAUAUGCAGCACAGUGUGGCAAUUUAAAGCGCAUGCUUCCAAUCUGCACAGACUGGGAGUCUGCAUGCUGGGCAAUGGCAAAAUCAUGUCUAGAUGUUCAGGUGGAUUUGGAACUAGCUCAUCUACAACCCGGGAGAGUGGAUCAGAUGAGCCGUUUUGGAGAUGUAGCUGAUGGAAGUCCUGGAAAUCUCAAUGGUGGUCAUCAGCCUCCUGUUGGGUCGGAAAGUUGGCCAGUCCAAGUUCUGAACCAGCAGCCACGACAACUUUCUGCUCUUCUUCAGAAGCUUCAUUCAACGGAAACAGUGCACGAAAGUGUUGCUCGUGGAUGCAAAGAGCAGCAACGUCAAAUUGAGAUGAUUAUGAUGUUAGGGGAUGUACCACGCCUGCUGGACCUUAUAUGGUCGUGGAUAGCACCUUCAGAAGAUGAUCAAAAUGUAUUCAGGCCUCAUGGAGAUCCCCAAAUGAUUCGAUUUGGUGCACACCUAGUGCUUGUACUUAGACAUUUACUUGCUGACGAAAUGAAGGAUGCUUUCAGAGAAAAAAUAAUGAAUGUUGGUGAUCUCAUUCUACACAUGUAUGCAAUGUUUCUUUUUUCAAAGCAGCAUGAGGAGUUAGUGGGCAUAUAUGCUUCUCAGCUUGCACAUCACCGUUGCAUUGACCUCUUUGUGCAUAUGAUGGAACUGAGGCUGAACAGCGGGGUGCAUGUCAAAUAUAAGAUCUUCCUUUCUGCCAUGGAGUACUUACCAUUUUCUCCUGGGGACGAUUCAAAAGGCAGUUUUGAGGAAAUUAUUGAGAGGGUAUUGUCAAGAUCUCGGGAGAUCAAAGUUGGUAAAUAUGAUAAGUUAUCAGAUGUACUAGAACAACACCGGCAGCAGGGUCUUCAAAAAGCUAUGGUUAUCCAAUGGCUUUGCUUUACACCCCCAUCCACAAUUGCCGAUGUUAAGGAUGUUAGCACAAAACUUCUUUUGCGAGCCCUAAUACAUAGCAAUAUAUUAUUCAGGGAGUUUGCUCUGAUUUCCAUGUGGAGAGUGCCAGCAGUGCCAAUUGGUGCGCACACAUUACUCAGUCUUCUUGCUGAACCUUUGAAGCUGCUUUCAGAUAAUCAUGAUAUGUUGGAGGAUUAUGAUAUUUCUGAUAAUUUGAGAGAGUUCCAAGACUGGAGUGAGUAUUACUCUUGUGACGCAACAUAUCGGAAUUGGCUCAAAAUUGAAUUGGAGAAUGCAGAGGUUUCACCCCUAGAACUCUCACAGGAGGAAAAACAAAGAGCCAUUUUAGCGGCCAAAGAGACACUGAAUGCAUCUCUCUCACUUCUACUAAGAAAAGGAAAUCCUUGGUUGGCCGCAACUGAAGAUCAUAUAUAUAAAUCAGAAGAGCCUUUAUUUCUAGAAUUGCAUGCCACAGCAAUGCUCUGCCUUCCGACUGGUGAAUGUAUGUCUCCAGAUGCCACAAUGUGCACUACUUUAACAAGUGCCCUUUACUCUUCAGUGAGCGAGGAAGUUGUGUUAAAUCGACAACUAAUGGUGAAUGUCUCCAUAUCAACGAGGGACAAUUACUGCAUUGAGGUUGUACUGCGAUGCUUGGCAGUAGCAGGUGAUGGAAUUGGGCCUCAGGAAGAUGGUGGCAUACUCAGUACUGUUUUGGCUGCUGGCUUCAAAGGUGAGCUUCUUCGAUUUCAAGCUGGAGUUACGAUGGAGAUCUCACGAUUAGAUGCUUGGUAUUCAAGCAGAGAUGGUUCUUUAGAAGGCCCAGCAACAUACAUUGUACGGAGUCUUUGUCGUAGGUGCUGUCUUCCAGAAGUCAUUCUUCGAUGCAUGCAAGUAUCAGUUUCGCUCAUGGAGUCGGGUGAUCCACCUGAAAGCCAUGAUGAUUUGAUUGAACUAGUUGCGUGCCCUGAUAGUGGAUUUCUUCAUUUGUUUAGCCAACAACAAUUGCAGGAAUUCUUGCUGUUUGAGAGGGAAUACUCAAUAUUCAAAAUGGAGCUUCAGGAGGAACUUUGUUCUUGAUCACUGCAAGUGGUGUAAAAUCAAGGUCCCUGGUUCUUAGUACAAACAAGGCUUGGUAGUGUUGUAAAAUGGACGAGUUGACGUUUUAUGUCAUCGUUUAACGUUUUACUUUUCUUCUCGUAAUAUUUGUUCUUUAACUCAAAAGGGUCGUAUCAUCUGCAAUUAGUUCAUUAUCUGUGACAAUCCACUGUUUCAAAGUGUACAGAGCUACAUUUGAAUCGAUCCUCAAGCUCAACCAAGGAAAUGAGGUCUUUAAAACGUGUUUUAUGCUGCCAGGGCUUGCUUCAUUUCGGCUAUUUAUUGUGUCCGAUGUAUUUCUGUUUUGCACC